AUGGCUCAGUCUGGGUCCGGGUCGUACAACAACCCAUUGAAGAAAUUCAAACUGGUGUUUCUUGGCGAACAAAGCGUGGGCAAGACGUCACUGAUAACGCGCUUCAUGUACGACUCCUUCGAUAACAUGUACCAAGCCACCAUUGGCAUCGACUUCCUCUCCAAGACCAUGUACCUUGAAGACAGGACCGUACGAUUACAACUCUGGGACACGGCAGGGCAAGAACGAUUCCGAAGUCUAAUCCCCUCGUACAUUCGAGACUCGAGCGUGGCCGUGGUGGUCUACGAUAUAUCUAAUGCGAAAUCGUUUCAAAACACCAAGAAGUGGAUAGAUGAUGUGAGAGCUGAGCGAGGUAACGACGUCAUCAUCGUCUUGGUCGGCAACAAAACGGAUUUGAACGACAAGCGUGAGGUGACGACACAGCAAGGCGAGGACGAGGCCAAGAAGAAUAACCUCAUGUUUGUUGAGACGAGCGCGAAGCUGGGACACAACGUCAAGACGCUCUUUAGGAGGAUAGCACAGGCACUGCCCGGUAUGGAGGGAACCGAUGCUGCCGCCCAAGCGUCGUCACAGAUGAUCGACGUCAAGACCAACACCCAGAACGCGCAGCAAGAUGGAUGUGCUUGCUAG